UUCACUUUGUUUAACCCAAACACAAACACAAACACAUCACCCACAAAUUGCUUGAGUCCACAAAUUCGCAAGUUAAUCUUGAGCGGAAACUAUAUAUACACUUUACAGUAAUCCCUCUAAUACCAAAAUGAGUCAUCGCAAAUUAACCUUCUCGGAGUUUUUUGUAAAAACCCCAACCAGUAGAUCCACCCAAUUGAGGGCUCAGGAAGUGGCCACUGAAUUGGUGAUGAAAAACAAAGAAGCUCGGCAAAAGUUACUGAAGAACAAAGUUCCCACCUAUGCGGAAUUUCGGAAGAUAAUGCGAUCGGCGGGCAAGGAGGCGGACUUGAAUCCAGUAACCUACAAGAGCAUGAUAGAGAUGAGACAAUCGCAAAUAGACCAUAGACGCCUUAAGACUAUCAAGUCCACAGGGGAUUCCCUUGGAUUUAAGCCACUCCUCCUCAAUCGUAGCCAGGUGUCUUAUGAAUUCCAUCUUAAACAGGAUAUCUUUCGUAAAAACUUCGAUCUCCUUGGACGGAUCAAUCAUACUAAUCGACUGAAGGGCUGCGUUGAUAGCUUUAAUCGCAAUUUCCCUGCCCUUCAGCCGAAUCGGGUCAAGAUCCGUGAACUGGCAGGCCGAUUAAGUCAAGAGAACAGGCAACUUGGUUGUCGUCUAUCGAAGGUUAAGUCAAAGGUGGACUCGCACAAUCCUUGGGUGGCACCUGUCAAGCCCCUUGAGCAGAAGGCCUCUGAGCAAACAGUGUCCUCCUUCUUGCCUUAUAUGCCAUCCCCGAGAUUGGGGAAACGUACUGCCCAUGUCCUGCUCCGUCCCAUCAUUUAUUACGAUUUGGCAGUUCAGGAAAAUAACCAGUUUUUGGGAAGAUUACUUCUGCAACUCUACACAGAACUCAGUCCGGAGGUGGUGCUGGAAUUUGUCAGGAUGGCCACCCACAACGAUACAAGAUGUCAUCGUUUUGUCAGAAUAUUCUCCAAUCUCUGGAUGGAAGGAGAAAUUGUUCCGGCCAACGAUCCUUUGCGUAAUCACCACAGUGUAAAGCACUCCUUUCUGGAUCCCAGCAAGAUGAUUGGGAUGAUUUCGUAUCCCUGGGACUAUCGUCGCCACUUUCCCCAGGGUCUACUCAGCUACACCAUAAGCUUUAAGCCUUCGGUGGUACCAUGGCAACGGGUCAUCUUUGGACGCGUUUGUGGUGGCCUUCGGGUGCUUCAGAACUGCCACGAAUUUGGCACUAAAAAUGGCAAGACCAAGAAAACUGUGAUUAUGACACGAUGUGGCCUGCUCUAAUGGGAGUCCACAUACAUCGUCCGCCUCAUUAUGCACCUGCAUUAACAUAAGACCAGAAAGAGUUGGAAAAUUGUAGACACUAUUGCAGUGAGAAUGUUUUUUUCUUCAAAAAAAUGGAAAUAAAAUUAUUAAGUAAACGGG